AUCUGAGAGAGCGAGAAACCUAAAAAUAUGAAAAUCAACACACAAAUGAAUAGUCAAUUCAUCCAUGCGUUGUCUCUCCUAUCUCCAUUGCUCGCGUUUUCCUUCUUCUUCAAGCAAGUCUGCGGGCGCUCAUCAUCCUCGAUUCUGUUUCGUAGAGUUUGAGUCCGAACUGGUGCCCUACAUUUCAAGGAUCAAACACAACCCGAGAUCGGAAAUUCAACGUUUCCUUCGAGAAUCAAAGGAUUUACGGAUCAAAAACAGCCUUGCAAUUCGACGUUAGAGGAGUAAGUAAUGGUCCUCCCACUGUUGAAGCUCGGGACGCUGGCACUGAAAACUCUCAGCAAACCCAUUGCCCACCGCGUCAAGAAGGAGGCUGGCUUGCACCCCAAGUUUCGCCAGUUAAUUAUCAAAUUCGCCCAGGCAAACCACCGGAUCACAACAACAACACAAAGACGCAUCUAUGGCCAUGCAACUGAUGCUGAGAUUCGCCCCCUAAAUGAGGAGAAAGCUGUUCAAGCUGCCGUGGACCUUAUUGGGGAACUGUUUGUCUUCUCGGUUGCAGGAGCUGCUCUUAUUUUCGAGGUGCAAAGAAGUUCUAGAUCAGAGGCAAAAAAGGAGGAAAUACGAAAGAAAGAGUUGGAGGCAAUGAGGCUGAGAGAUGAAGAAGUGGCAAGAGAGGUGGAAGUGCUUAAGCAGAAACUUGAGGAACUCGAGAAACUUGCCAAGGGACGAGGACUUUCUGGUGUUUUUCACUUCAGGCAGACUCACGGUCAAGAUGGAAAGGCUGUAAAUCCAGAUUGAUCUUUUUGCAAGGUUUUGAUAGCAAAAUAAUGCUCUGUAAUGCAAAAUUAUUCAUUGCCAUUGCUUUAAUGAAGCUCUCUCCGAGGAAAUGAUUCUUCCUUCUGUUUCUCGUGAUUCUUUCCCUUGCGAAUUCAACAGUACCCGUCCCAUUUUUUGGAAAUGAAAUGAUGAUAUUGUUGGGGUCAAGGCUUCCAA